AUGACGACUAAGCAUCUCAGACUCAGACCAUGGGAACCUUCAAGUUCCGACUCCGUUUCUUUUGAGGAAGAAGUUGAACUCACCAUGCACGAGAAACCACAAUCUCCUUCCGCUUCUGAUGUUGCUACAGCCACCGCAAAGACGACAAAGGCUUCGUCUGAGAAAGAAGAUAAGAAGAAGAAGACUGUUUCAGCUGCUAGUCUUGUUGCUGAGGCCAAAACCAAGAAGACCAAGAAGGCCAAGAAGAAACAAGUUUGUGUUUCCGGCGAGGCUAAGAAGCGGGCAAGUGAAGAAGAGACUUCAACCAAAGAUGUGAGCGCCGCAAAACGAGCCAAAAAAGAUGUGAAGAAGCCAAAUAAUCAAAGACUUUGGAGUGAGGAAGACGAGAUCCGUGUGUUGCAAGGAAUCGUUGAUUUCAAAUCCAAAACAGGGAAGAAAGCGACCGAAGACAAGAGUGGGUUCUAUGAAUUCAUAAAGGAUUCCAUCAGCGUUGAGGUUAGUUUGUCUCAGUGCAUAGAGAAAAUUAAGACAGUGAAGAGGAAGUUUAUGAAUAAACGGAAGAAGGGUAAAAAACCGGAAGCUCAUAAUCUGAAAUCUUUUGAACUGUCUGAAAUGAUUUGGGGUUCGGAUGAUGCUGAGGAGUCAAGGAAGAAUGAGAUGAUAAAGAGACCAGAAGAAGAAGAAGGCAAAGAUGUGGUGAUUCUUGAACAAAUUCAAGAUUGGUUCAACAACUCGUUUUUGUUUCGACAAGUUGCAAGUUUUGGCGUGGAUGAAGAUUCUCUGAAAAGAAGAUGGAGUUCUGUGGACACAGAGAAGAAGAAGAUGGUUGAAGAUAAACUGAGAGUCUUGCAAACCAAGGAACUUGGACUUGUGUCGCAAAAGACAGAGCUUUUGUAUGAAGUGGCUUCUCUGAUCGCUGAAGAAAACUAG